AGGAGAAGACGCCGGAGGAAGAGGAGGAGGCGAAAGAGGAGGAGGAGAAGCCGCAGCGGGCGCCGCGGGAGCGAGUGAGCUGGGAGCGCGGGGCGAAGGCGCGGCGAGGCCGGCGGCCUGGCGGGCGCAGGAGGCUCGGCCGAGGCAGCGGCGCCGACUCCGUUCCACACUCGGCCGGGAUCCAGGCCUCCGGGUUCCCAGGCGCUCGCCUCCCUCUGACGCACUUUAAAGAGUCUCCCCCCUUCCACCUCAGGGCGAGUAAUAGCGACCAAUCAUCAAGCCAUUUACCAGGCUUCGGAGGAAGCUGUUUAUGUGAUCCCCGCACUAAUUAGGCUCAUGAACUAACAAAUCGUUUGCACAACUUGUGAAGAAGCGAACACUUCCAUGGAUUGUCCUUGGACUUAGGGCGCCCUGCCCGCCUUUUGCAGAGGAGAGAAAACUUUUUUUUUUUUUGCCUCCCCCGAGAAACUUUCCCCCCCCCUCUCCUCCCUGCCUCUAACUCCGAUCCCCCCCCACGCCAUCUCGCCAAAAAAAAAAAAAAAAAAAAGAAAGAAAAAAAAAAGAAAAAAAAAAAGAAAAAAAAAAAGAAAAAGAAAAAAAAAAAAGAAAAAAAAUUACCCCAAUCCACGCCUGCAAAUUCUUCGGGAAGGAUUUUUUUCCCCCUCUCUCCAGGUUGGGCGCGUUUGGUGCAAGAUUCUCGGGAUCCUCGGCGUUGCCUCUCCCUCCCCCUCCCCCCCUCCUUUCCUUUUCCUUUCCUUUCUUUCUUCCUUUCCUCCCCCCACCCCCACCCCAAACAAACAAGUCCCCAAUUCUCGUCCGUCCUCGCCGCGGGCAGCGGGCGGCGGAGGCAGCGUGCCGCGGUCGCCGGGAGCCGGGAGCCUCGGGCGCUCGCUCCUCGGCGCAGCAUGUUCCAGCCGGCGCCCAAGCGCUGCUUCACCAUCGAGUCGCUGGUGGCCAAGGACAGUCCCCUGCCCGCUUCGCGCUCUGAGGACCCCAUCCGUCCCGCGGCGCUCAGCUACGCCAACUCCAGCCCCAUAAACCCGUUCCUCAACGGCUUCCACUCGGCCGCCGCCGCCGCCGCCGCCGCCGGCAGGGGCGUCUACUCCAACCCGGACUUGGUGUUCGCCGAGGCGGUCUCGCACCCGCCCAACCCCGCGGUGCCCGUGCACCCGGUGCCGCCGCCGCACGCCCUGGCCGCCCACCCCCUGCCCUCCUCGCACUCGCCACACCCCCUCUUCGCCUCGCAGCAGCGGGACCCGUCCACCUUCUACCCCUGGCUCAUCCACCGCUACCGAUAUCUGGGCCACCGCUUCCAAGGGAACGACACAAGCCCGGAGAGCUUCCUUUUGCACAACGCGCUAGCCCGCAAGCCGAAGCGGAUCCGAACCGCCUUUUCCCCGUCCCAGCUUCUGAGGCUGGAACACGCCUUCGAGAAGAACCACUACGUGGUGGGCGCCGAGAGGAAGCAGCUGGCGCACAGCCUCAGCCUCACGGAAACUCAGGUAAAAGUAUGGUUUCAGAACCGAAGGACGAAAUUCAAAAGACAGAAGCUGGAGGAAGAAGGCUCAGAUUCCCAACAAAAGAAAAAAGGGACGCACCAUAUUAACCGGUGGAGAAUUGCCACCAAGCAGGCGAGUCCCGAGGAAAUAGACGUGACCUCAGAUGAUUAAAAACACAAACCGAAACGGACAACACGGAGCAAAACAGAGACAGGGAGAGGAGGGGUAGAAGAAAAAAACAAACCUACAAAACAAAAACAAACCGCACACACACAUUCACCGAAAAAAGGAAGAGGGAGUCAGAGAGAUCUUCGGUGCAUCGCAGACUUUGAGCAGCGAGGGCGCAGGGUCCUGAUCCCAGGCUGCGCGGAUAUGGCAGAGGACGGAGGCUUCUUGAUCAACAUGCAACCCUUGUCUAAAGAGGCAGCUGAGUGAGAGAAAGAGAGAGAGAGAGAGGGAGAGAGGGAGAGAAAGAGAGAUCCAAAAGUGGCAAAGCCCAAGGCGCUCUGAACAAGGGAAGCUGUCAGUCAAACGCCAAACCAGCGAGAGAAGAUGAUUGGCAGGUAUUCCGUUUAUCACAGUCCUGAUUUGUUGUUUUUUUUUUAAAUAAUGAUAAUAAUGAUGGUGAAAGAAAACCCCAACCAAGCACAGGACUUUUUAUUUUGCACUUCACAGAGUUCCCCCCCCCCACAAUCUUUAAAAAUAAUUAGUAACAAUAACAAUCGAAAUUCCAUAUCCAGCCCCAUCCCACACCUGUUCAAAAACUUGAAUUGCAUGUAGCAGUUGUUGGGUGAAUGGUAUCUAAAGACAGAAAAUGAAUUGUAAUUUUCUUUUCCUUUUAAAGACAGGUUCUGUGUGCUUUUCAUUUUGAUUUUUUUUUCUAAGAAUGUGCAGUCUGUAAACACUUUUUUAUACCUUCUGACGUCAAAGUGAUUGUGAAAGGUACAUGAAGUAGGCUCAGCGAUAGGGGUCCUCUUACAGAGAAAUGGGGAGCAGGAUGGGGGGCUGGGGGUGGCGGGGGAGGGUGCCCACAAGAGGAGUCAGGACUUGUGCUGGGAAAGAAAAACCCUAAAUUAAUUCUAUUUCUUGAACAUUCCCUUUCCUAACAUCCCGAAGGCUUAAAACCACGAAGUAAACUCCUUUUGGUGGUUGGAGAGAUUGGCCAAAUUCAACCAUUCGCUGUAAAGGCCAUUCCAAACUUUAAAUCUAUCUGUGGCAAAAACUGAAGGACUGUAGUUAGCGGGAUGAUGUUAAGUGUGGCCAAGGACAUGGCAGCAAGUUUUCAAGCACUGAGUUUCUAUUCCAAGAUCAUAGACUUACUAAAGAGAGUGACAAAUGCUUCCUUAAUGUCUUCUAUACCAGAAUGUAAAUAUUUUUGUGUUUUGUGUUAAUUUGUUAGAAUUCUAACACACUAUAUACUUCCAAGAAGUAUGUCAAUGUCAAUAUUUUGUCAAUAAAGAUUUAUCAAUAUGC